AUGGAUUUUGAACAGGAGCACGAUCCAUUUUCUAGUGCCAGUCUCUGGAGAUUAUCGAGGUUCACAACAGAGGCUCUACAACCUUUGGACGAAUUACCGUGGAACGCGGGCUUGCCUGACUUUUCGGAUUCUGGUUUCGCAGCCUCGCUCCCCCCAAUUGAUAAGAUCGACAACAUAUGGAAAUUGAACUUUUCGGAUGACAUUGAACGUCCGGAAUCAUCCGCCGACUCGAGCCUCGAUGCUUCCAUAGACGCCCGAUCCGAUGCAACGACGGAUGCUCUUCAAAAUGAAGACGAUGACAUAUGGGGAUUUGAUGUGCUGCAGGUGGAACCUGGCUUUGUUGCCCCUCUCAAAUCAUGGGAGAAAUUUCAGACGCGGUCAUUCGAGGAGCCUAUAUCAGGCUAUUUCAGCGAGUCAGGAACGAGAGGAUUCGAUGCGGCACUGGCAAACCAGAAUCGCAUGAAAGGAUUGGAAAAUACGACCCGACCAGUUCGAGAAGAUAUUUUUGUACGAUCACUGCUACGCCUAGGUCUUGGAUGGAGCUCCGCGCUCUUUCGCUACAAUCCCCGAACCACGAAAUUCGAUAAAUCCCUGCCAGAUCUCCGUGUAUCUGGAGUGAGUCAACCAGUCACUGGCGCUAUUAUUGAAGAUGUGCUGCGGUGUGGUACAAACAUGCAGUAUGCUCGAACAUUCGCACGGCAGUUGCAGACCAAAUCAAUGGAUCUGGCGUCUGUAUUUGCGUUGCGCGGUACCAUUGCUGUUAGCGUGUAUCAUCUCGAGCGCCAAAUAGUUGGUCAUUCGGAUACUGUUGUCUCGCUCUUGCAAGCGACUACAUUGUUUAAUCGCUGUGGCGACAUGAUUGAAGCCCUGGCAGAUAUGAUAAGAGCAACCGAAAAUGCCAACUCGGACGCCCAGGUUAUAUCAAUUACUAUGGAUCAUGCAGCCUUCUUUGCUCAUAAGUACGGCUGGAUGGAGAAUCUUGUACAAGAAAUCGUUGUCAGAGUCACAGAUCCCUGGCUAGGGUUUAUCGAGGGAUGGAUUGGGCUUCGACCCGAGGAACCAUCCAUGAAUGAGUUGAUCAUCAACGGCAAAACAUUCCUCGAGGUGGAGCAGCACGAUGAUCCUAGCAAAUUUAGAACUGGUCCUACAAGGACAGAGUACACCUAUCGUGGAGAACAUAUGCCAUCAUUCAUCCCUCCUGAUCAGGCACAGUUGAUUUUCGAGAGUGGGAGAAGUCUGCGAUUGCUCAAAAAGUCACACCCAAAUCACCCUAUCGCUCGAUAUGAUGCUCUGGUUCGAUCUGGUCAUCUUCGUCUGCACUGUGCAACUACCUGGUCUGAGAUCGAACAAAUCCAAAGAAAGGCCCAAGAAUAUGAGGCAAAGCUCCGCGCCGAAAUAUUGAGAUAUCACAGGGGAGAAUUAGCGACAACAGCUGUCGAGCCUGCUUCACAGGAUGUCGAGGUCAGUCAGGGUGAAAUUGUGGAGAAGACAUUUGAGCUAUUCGACAUCGAUGACCAGCAGCAUGUCUCGGGUGCUGCGAUGGAUCAAACAGCCUUGUCCACCGACAAAGUCAGUGAUAUGCUUCAGAAAGCUAGGGGCGAGCUUGGCUUCAGUGAUGCAGGGACACGUUUUGGGCCUGAAUUGGCAUCCGAGCUUUACCUAUCGUUUGCCCCUGUGAUUGCAUCCCAAGCGCAACUCAUCGACUUCUCAUGUCUUCAUCAUAUGUUCAAGGAACACAAGGUGCGACAUCAUUUGAACUUGCAAUGGCGAUUUCAACUACUUGGCGAUGGCUCAUUUACUUCACGCCUCUCACAUUCACUUUUUGACCCCGAGAUGGACAGCGGAGAGCGCAAGGCGGGCGUAGUACGUGGUGGCGUCCAUACUGGCUUGCGGCUAGGAAGUCGUGAUACCUGGCCACCUGCAAGCUCCGAGCUACGUCUCGUGCUCAUUGGCCUACUAGGAGACUGUUACUUCUCUGAAAAGGAUCCUGAGGCAUCCGAUGGACAGCCGCGGGAUAAUGAACUUCCCGGUGGACUUAACUUUGCGAUUCGCGAGUUAUCAGUCGACGAGAUUGACCGGUGUAAGGACCCGAAUGCGAUAGAAGCACUUGAUUUCCUUCGACUCCAGUACAAAACACCAGACACUCUGGAGACUCUCAUUACACCGAAGUCACUGGGCAAAUAUGAUCGCCUCUUCAAGCACUUGCUCCGUCUUCUUCGCAUGGUAUCCGUUGUCAAAGGACUUGUUCGCGACUCUACGGUGCGGGACUCUCUUUCAGGCGAUACAAGAAAUGUGUUCCAGAAGUUCCGCAUCGACGCUCAGCACUUCGUCCUCGCUGUCAGUGACUAUUUCUUCCACGUCGGAAUCGGGUCGAUAUGGAGUCGGUUUCAAAGCACGCUUGAUAAGAUCGAGCGUUGCCUUGACCGAGGCGAUAUAGACGGCACACUCGAGGCCGCUCACUCUGUGCCUCGUCUCCGCGACCUACACGAAGACAUCCUCGACCAAAUGCUGUUCGCCUUCUUCCUAAGUAAACGACAUGCUUCCGCAGCGAAGUUGCUCGACAAUAUUUUCAGUACUAUUCUUGCCUUCGGCCCAUUGUCGCGGGCUGAUGGUAGAAGUGGUCUUCGCCAUGAAAACGAAGGCACUGUACGUCAUUUGUAUUCUACUUUCCGAAAACAGGUGUCCGCCUUGGUUGGAUAUUUGCGUGGCUUGGAUACUGGGAAGGGCGCUUCUAAAACUAUGGCGAAGUCGGCGGCUUUCUUCGGUUCUCGGACUGAGCCAACUAGUGUCUUUGAACAUCUUCGAGUAAGAUUGGAGGUCAAGGACUAUUAUUGA